GGGGCUCCGUGUGGAAACAGGAAAACGUGAAUCUUUCGCAUCACCAACGUUGUUCUGCAGCAGUUCUGUUUGAGUUCUGUUUGGGUUCUGUUUGGGUUCCGGCUGGACGGAAGUCAUGGCCGCAGCGAACUACAGUCUGAAGGUGAACCGAGACCUGCUGGACCCGAACUUUGAGAGCUACCGGCUGUCUCUGGACCCCAUCCCGACCUACACCGUGGAGCUGGACGCGGCGGUGGAGGAGCUGCAGCUGAAGGACGCUCACUACACCCUGGAGCACCUGCGGGCGUUCGGCAUGUUCAACCAUCUGCAGCUGGACCCGUGGUACCAGGACAGCGUUCUGUUUGUGGACUCCAGAGGACGGGUUCUGAGCCUCAGCGUGACCCUGGAUACGGCUCUGGGGAAGCCUAAAGAGGUCUUCAGCUUCGGUUCCGAGACCGGCCGGGCCGAGGACCGGCUCUGCGCCUCCAUCAGCCUCACCUCGGCCACCUGGGCGGCGCUGUCUGACGGCGCCGGGCGGCUGCUGCUCCUCCGCACCGGCAGGAGGGGAGACGGCGGCCACUGCAGGUGGGAGGUUCUGUUCAGCGACCACUUGGGGGAGCCGUUCACCAUCCUGCACAGCGUCUCUCACGUUCAGGGUGGCUGUCACGCCGUAGAGGUGCUGCUGCUGCGUGUCCAGAAGGAGCCGCUGGAGUCCACAGGAAGCGGCUACUCGGUGUCCCUGGAGUGGGUCACGGUGGGCGGCGGCGCCGGACCCGGGCAGGAGAGGAAGUACGAGGUGAGGAAGAGGAGGGUCCUGAGAGGAAAGUCGGUGCCGCACUACGCCGCCGUGGCGCCGCGGGGCGAAGGGCUGAUGCUGGCCGCAGAGAAACCGUUUGUCUUCACGCACAUCGAUGGCCGGCCGGUGGAGCCGCCGCCGCCGCCAUCGGAGCUCAGCGAGCUGGAGAAGGCAGAUCCGCUGUACUUCUGGCAGCAGACGGCGGAGGACCUCACCGUCUGCGUCCGCCUUCCUGGGGGCGUGGCCAAGGAGGACGUGAGCUUCCGGCUGACGGCGGACAGCCUGAGCAUCGGGGUUCGGGGCUGCCCCCCAAUGCUGGAAGGUCAGCUGUACGCGUUGGUGGACCCGGAGGCCAGCGCCUGGACCAUCAGCGACAGCAACAGCCUGGAGGUGAGCCUGCAGAAGCUCGGUGAGGGACCCAUGUGGCCGGAGCUGGUGCUGGGGAACAGGACAGGGGAGCUGGUGUUGAGCGACCAGCAGGUGGCGCUCAUCCACGAACGCCUGACCCACCUGACGUCUGAGGACCCGAACGGCGAGCGGGAAAAGCCGCCAUGCAGCUCCCAGGAGCUGGAGGACUGCGACGGUUUCCCUGACGACGGCUUCAGCCUCACGCACUUUGACGGGGAGACGCUCAGCCCGACCCAGGUGGUGAACCUGGGUGGACAUCAGUUUCUGUUCUCCGUGGACGUGGACCCGUCUCAGAUGCCGUGUCUCUGUCUGCGUCACGAUGUCGAUGCCCUGAUGUGGCAGCCGCGUCCGGACCGACCCGGUGACCUCUGGGAGCACAUCGCCACCUUCAAUGCCCUAGGUUACGUCCAGGCGUCCAAGAGGGACAGGAAGUUCUCCACCUGCGCUCCAGAUUUCUCGUUCGCCGCGCUGUGUGAGUGUCUGCGCCGCGUCUUCCUCUACCGCCAGCCGUCGCCCGUGGAAACCGUACUGUUCAACAGGAAGCAGGGCCGCCAGGUGGGACAGGUUGCCAAGCAACAGGUGUCCAGCCUGGACUCGGACAAAGCAGUGCUGGGCUUCAGAGCGUCCAACGAGAGACUGUUUGUCCUCACCUCGUCCCGCCUGUUUGUCCUCAAGGUCGACAAUAAGUGAAGAAACCAGAAGGAAACUUUUGAUUCAAUAAAACUAAAAUAAAAUAAUCCGA